AUGAGCGUAGCUGGUAUUCAGUCGUUUAAUGGCUUUUGAGAAGUAAACAAGUGACUUGAGCUUAAAGAAAGUAUAAUUCUAUCUAAACCACAUAUUAUUCAAGUUUGAUAUAAAUUAGAGCAAUUUUGAGACCAUCCCAGUAAUAAAAUGGAUUACAAACCAACUCCCACUGUAGUGCCCGCCGCCCCAUUUGACGCCUCCGCGGAUGCACAGGCACUACGCGCCGCCAUGAAAGGUUUCGGCACGGACGAGGAGGAAAUCAUCAACUUGCUCACUGCGCGCUCCAAUGCACAACGCCAACAAAUUAAGGCGCAAUUCGAAACGGAAUUCGGGCGUGACUUAGUCGAUGACUUGAAGAGCGAAUUGGGUGGUAAAUUUGAAGAUGUGAUUGUGGCUUUAAUGACACCGCCCGUGGAGUAUUUAUGCAAGCAGUUGCACGAAGCUAUGGCCGGCAUGGGCACCGAUGAGGAGACACUCGUCGAAAUACUAUGUACCAAAACGAAUGAGGAAAUGCAGGAAAUAGUCGGAGCUUAUGAGGCAAAAUAUGAUCGGCCGCUGGCAGAGCAAAUGUGUAGUGAAACUUCGGGACAUUUUCGUCGUCUGUUGACCUUAAUUGUAACGGGCGUACGCGAUCCCAUUGGUACUGUUGAUGCGGGAAAAGCGCACGAAGAUGCUGAAGCUUUAUAUGCGGCUGGUGAGGCCAAACUCGGCACAGACGAAGAAGUAUUCAAUCGCAUUAUGUCGCACAGCAGUUUCGCGCAGUUGCGGCUCAUCUUCGAUCAAUACAAAGAAUUAUCCGGACAGACUAUUGAGCAAGCGAUCAAGCAUGAGAUGGAUGGCGCGUUGCAUGAUGCAAUGAUUGCUAUUGUCGAAUGUGUUCAGUCACCGGCCGCCUUUUUCGCCAAUCGCCUCUACAAGGCAAUGGAUGGAGCCGGUACAAAUGAUGCUGCGCUCAUACGUUUAAUUGUGAGUCGUUCGGAAAUCGAUUUGGGUACUAUUAAAGAUGAAUUCGAACGCAUUUACGAUCGUACCUUAUACAGUGCUAUUGUGGAAGUAAGUAUUCGAAUUGCACAAAUUAUUAAUUAACUGAAUAUUGACUUUUCUACAUAUGUAUGUGAAUUAACAAAAACCAUUGUAACUAAACUAUAUUCAAGGAAAUUAUAUAUUUUAACCUCAUUUAGAUUUUUCCAUACAAAAUAAAAUCGUUUUCAAUACAAAAAUUCAAAAAUAAGUAAAGCAUUAGAAAUAUACAGUUAUGAAUGCAAUGCUUAACUCUUGAAUGCAUCAAAUAUUUAUAAAAUGUUGCUAACAUACAUAUCUAUACGAAUAUCUUUUUUCUCAUUGUUUAACAAAAUCAUUAAAUGUUUUUGUGAAAAUAUGUUUUGAAUGUGCACAUAUUUAUGUAUUACAUACUAUUUCGAAAUAUUUACCAUUAAAAAUUUAUUUUUUUAUUAGGCGGAAACAUCAGGUGACUACAAAAAUGCAUUGGCUGCGCUGUUGGGUGGAGCAUAAGCUG